CUUCGUAAAUUACAUAAUCGGAUCGUAAAUGUUUUACGGCAUGACCCCGAGGAAAGUGUCAUAGCGAGGCUUCAGUAUGUCAUGCCCUACUGAGACAGCUAAGGUUUAUGAAAUGAUCUUGCGGAAUAUCUUGUAGUAGUAUUUCAGUAAAUUGUGUACUCAGUGUAGGCAGAUUACCUAUUGACUCGUCUUUUGGCAAUGAAGAAAAGCCAAGUCCAAAGGCAGUCAAUAGAUUUCCUUUGGUGCAACCCCUUUAGACUUUCAGGUAAAAGAAAGGCCGUCUACAGGAAUUGUUUGAGCAAUUGUCUGUAGGAAAUCAAAGUCGAAAGAAUAGUCAAAGGAGCCGAAGAAUGUCCAAAAGAUGUCAGUGGACAGGCAAAUUUUCAUAAGGCUUCAUUCCAUUUCACGGGCAGCCUUAGUAUCACCCUGAGUGUGCCCGUGCAUCCCCUUUGCAAUAAUGUAUACAGAAGCAAAUCCAACCGCGGGCUGCCAACACAUGCAUCCGUCUCGGAUUUCUCUAACGGCUUGUCGUUUAAAUGCAGCCCUGAUCACCAUGUUCUGGAAAUUUAAGGAGCAUCCAGCAGUGAUGGCCAGUAGUUAACUACAUGUAGUUAAAGGGACUAUGAAAUUUCCCGAACGCCCAUACUUUUUUUCGAUGGAAACUGUUCUUCCCGCAGAAAAACUAAUAUGCCACAAAUUUUUCCGGACGAAAUCGCUCCACUCUGCGAGGAGCGCGCGCUGGAAAUGUCUCUUCCGCGUUCCUCCUCUCCCGCGCAUAUUUCCCUGCCGAUGGUGUAACUGUACGGACCGCUCUUCGGUUCCCCGUUACGUCACCGGUGUUGCACAAUGGCAAGUAAUGCCGCGAGCUCGCGCUGUGGCUGCCGCCACUGCCGAAAUCUGCCGAUUGCGCGAAAGCUGCUGUCAUGGAGAUUUCCACUCCCGAUGAACGCAUACGCGGGAUCCUACGGCGCAUGCUCCUGGCGGGAUGCCUCGGCUCGGCAACACGUCACGAUGAUGUGGCCGGCUCAGCAACACGUCACGACGACGUGUUGCUGAGCCGGCCGUGGUCGCGUCAAGUUACCCGUUGUGUCUCCGCUCGGCAGCUCGUCACCGCGCGGCGCCAGCUGUCCUCCCUUCGCCGCUCCGUUUAAAUUCGCUCCCGAGAAAUCCGCUCGCGCGACGAAAGUAAAAUUUCGGUUCUAGACUCAGAAAAAUGUCUUCUUUCGGAUGAAACGAAGAAAAAAAUCGUUUCAUAGUCCCUUUAAACUACCUGAUCGUAGUUAAAAAGUAGUUAUCAACUACUUGCAGAAAUGUAGUGGCAACUACUAGUUAAACUGCUAUUUUAAGUAGUUAGGUUACCGAAGACACCAACUACUUCCGAUUUUGCCGCAAGCUUUACGGCACGAUUGUGCUUCCAACUUUUAUCUUGCGCUACUUGUUUGAUGAGAACGGAGGUGCAGAGCAAUUGUAUCGUGCACGUGUACUAAGUCUUCACUUUUAAUGCUUGUCUAGUGAAGCCUCAUUUGCUGCGAAAUAAUUCUGCAACUUUGUUUAUCACGUAGGCGCAGAAAGAAUCUCGCCGCAAGCUUUGUAUUCGACGACCGUAGUAAUGGCUCGAGCCAAAGUUCGUCAUUGCUUGCGAUUCAUAUUUAGGUGUCCAAGAACACUACAAGGGAUUACCGGCCUCGGUGGCUCAGUCGGUAGCGUGUUCGCCUUCUGAUCCCGAGAUCGCGGGUUCGAACCCGGCCGAGGACGCCAGCAACUUGGUGGCAGGGUACAAGUUGCUUAGACACGCCGUCUUCCGCGAGGGACGUUAAAUACGGGGUGCCGUGUGAUGAGCUUUCAUCGCACGUUAAAGAACCCUCAGGUGGGCAAAAGCAAUCCACAGACCGACCGCUGUGGCGUCGCUCAUGAUCUCAGUUGUCUCGCGACGUAAACACCCAAUUAUUAUUAUUAUUAUUAUUACUACUACAAGGGAUUGGUGUUGAUGGACAACGUUAAGUAGUUAUAGAUGUAGUUAAACUAUAUUGCAGUAGUUAAAGAAGUCGCUUUGACUACUCCCCUGAAAAGUAGUUGAACUACUUGUUAAACUACUCAAUUGCAAAGUAGUUAGUAGUUAUAGUUAAAUUACUGUAGAAGUAGUUAGUGGCCAUUGCUGGCAUCCAGAGCCCCCACAACGUACUGCCAAGUUUCUCGAGGGCAUCAAAGGUCCGUCCUUGGCUGCCUGUGUGUUCACUACGGCUCUCGGAUACAAACUACCCCAUUUCAACGCAGUGGGAAUCGCAGGAGUGACAGCUGGGAUGUGCAACAUUAAAGAAGAACCUCUUGACGACUCUUCAGAUGAUCAUCCAAUCAUAGAAGUCAAGACAGAGCCUUAUAACACUGCAGUUUUUGCAGCACCGGAGCAAGUGGGACACGGACAUGACUCCGCAUCAGAAGGAGCAAGCGAAAGCACUGGCAUGCUUCAUAUUGAGUACCAGCCCAGAAGCACUUGUCAUCGAGUAUCUUCAAGUUGCACUUCUUCGAAUGCACUCUUUGAGAUCAGCACAACGACAGUUGAACCGCGAUUCGAGAUCACCGCACUAGUCACUAUGAACAAUCAACUCACGGAUACCAACCACAAAGACUAUGCUCCAGACCAGAAUGACACCCAAGAGGCAGGAAAGUCAUCGACCUUCAGCCACAAGAAAGACGGGCUGUACAAGUGUUGCGUUUGCCUGACAACGUGCACUUGUACAUUUGCCUACAACACAUGUUCCGCAACAGUCUGUCCUACGUCAAUGCUGCAGGCACAAGUGAGACACCACAAGUUCAUACACAGUCACGAGUCCCAGGUGUGUGAGAAUUCCACGUGGAACCACACUAGUGAGAAGGCACACAAGUGCAACUUUUGUCCCACGGAGUUUAACCAUCGCCACUUGAAGACUUACUCACGGGCUCGCACUGGUGAGAAGCCACACAAGUGCGAUGCCUGUCCCGCGCAGAUCAGCCACAGCACAAACUUGCAUACUCAUAAGACGACGCACACGGGUGAGAAGCCGUGCAGGUGCAACCUUUGCCCUGAGGAGUUCAGCGAGAACGCUGCCCUGUGGAAUCAUAAGCAAGUGCACGCGGGUGAGAAGCCACACAAGUGCGAUCGAUGUCCUGCAGUGUUCAGCCGGAGUACAAACCUGCAGCGUCACAGACGGAUACAUGUCAAUGAGCAUCCCUAUAAGUGCGAUCUGUGUCCUGCACAGUUCAAGCACAGCACGAGCCUGCGUGUUCACAAAAGGACGCACACGGGUGAGAAACCAUACAAGUGCAACCUCUGUCCUGCAGAGUUCAGCGACCAAACUACCCUGCGGAAUCACCAGCGAAAGCACACGGGCGAGAAACCAUACAAGUGCAAUCACUGCCCUGCACGGUUCACUUACAGCAAUGGUCUGCGCGUUCACGAAAGAAUACACACGGGUGAGAAACCGUACAAGUGCGACCUCUGUCCCGCAGAGUUCAGUGACCACACCGCAAUGCGGUAUCACAAGCAAAUGCACACAGGCGAGAAGCCACACAAGUGCGAUCUAUGUCCUGCACAGUUCAGCCGGAGCACGAACAUGCAGCGUCACAAGCGCAUACACAUGAAUGAGCAUCCUUACAAGUGCAAUCACUGUCCUGCACAGUUCAGUCACAGCACGGGCCUGCGCGUUCACCAAAGGAAGCACACAGGAGAGAAGCCAUACAAGUGCAACCUCUGUCCUGCAGAGUUCAGUCACAGCACAACCCUGCAGAAUCACAAGCGAACGCAUACAGGAGAGAAGCCACACAAGUGCGAUCUCUGUGCUGCAGUGUUCAGCCAGCGAACGAGUCUGGUGCGUCACAAGCGAAUGCACACGGGCAAGAAGCCACACAAGGAUCACAUUUCGGCCAAAGCACACACUUACAGUGUCACAAGCUAAUGUACGAGGGGCGUUCAGGUCAAACCGGGACAUUUCAUUUUUCGCAAAAGUAAAAUGAACUUAGAGGCAAGAAAUUAGUUUUAUUUUUUGACGUAAUCUCCAGCUGCACUAAUGCACUUGUCCCAGCGUUUCACGAGGACUUGGAUGCCAUCAGCGUAGAAAUCCUUACCGGCCUUACAGCCUUGAUCGGACCGCAUUUUUGACCUCGUCGUCGCAGCUGAAGUGGCGGCUCCCAAGGAACGCCUUCAGUGGCCCGAAGAGAUGGAAAUCGCUUGGGGCGAGGUCUGGACUGUAAGGGUGAUGUGGCAGCAACUCCCAGCCAAGUUCCUGUAAGGUGCGUGUCGUGAGAUGUGCGGUAUGCGGGCGUGCAUUGUCCUGUAGGAGGAGGACCCCUUUGGUGAUGAGGCCCGGCCGCUUUUGCUUCAGCGCCUUAUGCACAUCCCUGAGAACCUGGUAGUAAUAUGCACUAUUGAUAGCACUAUAUGUACUAUUGAUAUCGAGACAUGUUAUCCGUCGGUCUUUGAGGAUCAGGCGCUCCACAAGUUGGAUGUUCUCAGGAACUCUGACACUGGGCUGUGAGCCGCCCCUGCCGGGCUCGCCCAGCACUGAUGUACGGCCGUCUCUGAACCGUUUGCACCACUCAAACGCUUUGCUGCGGCUAAGUGUAUCGUGGCCAUACUGAGCCUGAAGUUUUCUGUGAAUUUCGGAUGACUUUACGCCUUCAUUCGCGAGAAACUUCAUGACAAUUCGCUGUUUGAUGUGCGCGCUCACCUCAUUGUCGGCCAUCUUGUCCAGCACGUGUCUUCUGUUUUGCACAAACUUUGGACCACCACGUGGUGAACGCGGAGGCCUGUCGCGUGUGAAAAUGCCAAAAAAGAAGUAGCGCGAGCCAUUUGUACACCCAGGAGACAGAAAGUCCCGGUUUGACUUGAACACCCCUCGUACAUGGGAGAGAAGUGACAGAAGUGCUAUCUCUGCCCUGCAGAGUUUAGCAAGGUCAGAGCAUGAACUAUAGUUUAGUUUUUUUUUCGAUUGCCCAACCUCUGAGGAAACUAAGAAUGACAUUAUUGUGACACAGGAGAUAGUUGGACCAACGCAAAAAUGACACAGCUCUCCCUCAUCUUCUCUCACUGUGUGGCUUUGUGUGUGCCAGAACCUACUUCCUCGAAAUUGUUUAAGUGUCGCUCGGCAGUGAAAUUGAGACGUGUGGCGGUGUUACACAGUGUGUAUUCACACGAGCAAUGUCCUCACGGAAGAUUCUAGUGGAAGAAAAAGUACAAAACUUCUUUAAGAUGAUGAAGUGAGUGAAGAGACCAAAACCUGCUGAGCAGGUCCUCAAACUUGAAGAAGUGCAGCCUACUGCACGAAAGUCUCGUUUUUCGCAAAUUAAACUGUUUAAUGCUCUCUAACUGUUUUCUCUUUACUUGUGAAUCGUUAUCGCCGGAAACUUGCACAUUGGGAGGAGUCACAAAAAGAGGCUCGACCUGUCAAUCACAGUCUCGGUCCUCUGAUUGGUUUGUUUGUUACGAAGGGGGCCGCCAUGACACCUUACUGCCACCCAAAAUGGCACCGAAAACAAACGCAGUGAAGCGGGAAUUUUGUAACAAAAAAUUUUCAGAGACUACUCUGAUUUUAAGCUGGAAAUGUACAUCCUCAUAUACGUUUCUCAAAAAUCAGUUUCAACUUAUGCUCAUCCGUCAAUAUCUAACUGAAAAUAAUACGUUUUGUCGCCAGUGUUAGGCGUAGUGAACAAGGUGAUCACAACAAAAUUAUAACAAAAAUGGCACUGUGCUGUACAGUCUUAUAUUUAAUUGCAUGAUUUCAUGGAUAUAAACAUUCUUGCCUUUUAUAUUCCAACUAUUCACGUAGAUUUGUUUACAAAUCAUACCGAUAACAGAACGUGUCCCAGCAGGUGGCUCUCCUGGCAGCAGUACGACGGAAGCAGACGACAAUUCCCGACGUGCCUUAAGCUCCCUAGGUGGUGUUCAUCUAAUUUGCACCAAAAAUCCACUCAUUUUGCGGAUUGCGAUACUUAUCCAUUUCAAUCCCGUCCAAUCCACUUGCCACCCAAAAUGGCGCUGCCCAUGUUGGAUAAGGGGGCAAAUAGUGAGGAUAGGUUGAUUGAUAGCGCCCGACAUUUCAAGACCACGUUGGUCGGAAAGCUGGAAAAGUGGAUGGAGCUUCGGGUAUAAGCGUGACCUAUUAAUUUUUAGACUCCCUUUUAUUACUACGGCUCUGCACGAAAGCACCCAUGGGAUCACUGCUUGCACACGGCACCCGCGUGCUUUUUCUGCAGAUGUCUCUUCCGCGCACGCGGAAACGAAAAGCCCUCUCCGCACAAGUGACACGGGAACUCAAAGUCCUUGGUGUGAGCGGACACCGUGUGGCUCUUCAGGGAGACGAGCCCCGAGAAGGUACUCCCGCAGCGGGUACACACGUACAGUUUGUCGCCACCGUCGACCAGAACGUGCGCGCACAGGUUGGUGUGGUCCCUGAAGGUACGGCCGCACCGUCCGCACGUGUAUCGACUGUCGUUGGAAUGCAACUGCUCGUGCCGCUGCAGGCUGUCCUUGUAGACGAACGCUCUCUCGCACACGGCACAGACAUACUUGCCCUCUCCGUCGUGCACAUACUUCAAGUGGCUGGACAAUGUGGCCCUGGUUAAGAAUGACUUGAGGCACAGUUGGCAGACGAAGGGUUUCUGCCCCAUGUUCCACUCGGCCAUGGUGCAGAUGGUGUUGCUGCAGGCGUCACUCCGCUUGCGACGCAUUACACGGGUCCUGCUGCUCUUGUUACCUGCGAGGGUGCAGUUAUUUACUCGUACGUACGCCCAAACCCUUCUUUCAAUUUACGGCCGAGAGCGGGUACGGGCAAUGCCACCUAGACGGAGGAGGCCCGCUUAGUCGUCGACGUGACGUAAGGACUAAUAGUAGUGUCCAAUCAGGUUCGUGUUUUCUACGGCAGCAACCAAUCGCGCGCGUGUCUUCACCGUUGGCGGCCACGAAGACAAACAGCCGUCGUGAGCGAGCGGUGAUUGAACGUCCCCGCGUACUAAAUGGGAAAACUUUGAAAAAAAAAAAAAAACUUGCAAAACGGUCCUCCUUGCAAAGUGAUUUUCUGGAAGGCGUAUUGCACUUUUUGUCUAAAAAAUUAGUUCCGCAGGUUCCAAGUAAGCUGCAACCAUUUGUAGGUUCUUGGAUGCACAGAACGGUGAAUCUCAGUAGCAGACAAAUUCUGACUAUACAUUUCAAUCGUAGAACGUGAAGAAAAACAAUGUGCAAGUUUCUGGCAAUGCAGAUUCAAAGAUAACAAAGGCUGUUAAGUGUUUACUAUAUACACAUUAAAAACCAGAUUUUCGUGCAGUAGGCUGCACUUCUUCAGGUUUGAGGAUAUAUAAGGAUGGAUAUAUAAGGAGGAUAUAUAAGGAUAUAGAUAUAAAAAAAAACAAGUCACACGGUACAACAGAAAAGGGUGAGGGUGAAGAGAAAGGGGUGAGGCUUCUCUUCACCAUUUUCUCUUGUGCCGUGUGACUUGUUUUUUUAUAUGUCCUUCACCACUUGUAACAGGUCCUGAAACCUGAAGAAGUGCAGCCUACUGCACGAAAGUCUCGUUUCUAAUGUGUAUAUAGUAAACACUUAACAGUC